AUGGCCCUUAUGACCACGGAUCGUGCCACAAUUUUGCCUGAAAAUCCUCCACCAUCCACUUCAAUCUACGUGUUGGCAAAUGAGAUUCUUAUUGAAAUAUUCAAGAAAGGGGCAGAGGCGUGGGCUCUAUCGAAGAAUGCACAAUCUACGGUCCCAUUCCCCAUCCUGGUUUCUGAGGUUUGUAGCCACUGGCGCGCAGUUGCUCUAGAUGCCCCCGAACUCUGGAAGACCGUAUACCUUCCACUCCACCUUGAAAUACCUAGCACAUGGGACCCGUAUACUUGGGUUUCCACUUGGAUUCAGCGAGCCAAGACCAUUCCCAUUACAGUGGUACUCGAUAUUCCUGGUGACCCUCCUCACAUCGAAGAAAUUUGUCUUUCCCAGGUCAUACCACUCAUCGUGAAGGCUUCUCCUGUUGUGUCUGUUCGCCGACUUGAUAUCCGUUAUCACCAAGAGGGUAUUUCGAGAGAGGUGAUCCUUCAAACCUUCCAAGAGUUUUUCGAUUCUCCACACCGCCUCACGUUUGAACAACUUUCACUAUAUUUUUCUGGAACUUCCUUUCGAAAUGCCGUUAUGUUAACAGGCUCUACUUGCCCAUGGGGUCAUACGGUCAUGGAUCAAAUGCCUGUUUUCCGUGUUUCAAAACUUCGGCUACGGGGUAUCAUAAUCAACCCCCUCCAAUUUCCCAACCUAACGUCCUUGACUAUCUUUGAUCUCCUCGCCAAUCACAAAGAUAUCGAGGCUUUAUUCGCGACGUCUCCAAACUUGACCCAUCUUACUUUGAGAGAUUUCCGGAUGGCUCCACAGAGCAGCUUGACUAUCGGGAACACAGUAUGCUUGCAAUCACUACAAACUUUGGCCAUCCGCUUCGACACAACGAGUCCAAAUUCUGCUUACCCCCUGUCUUACCUCCAUCUCCCAAAUCUCAAAUACCUCGAGCUCGAUGGAAAUCUCACACUUUCGGUGUCCCAGGUUCUUUGCGAAUCACCUUCAGCUGACCAACUGGAGAUUCUUGUACUCUCGAACUUUAAACACUCGUUCCGUUCGCCCAGCCCCACGGCUUCAUACACGUUACAUUCAGUGAAGCACAUACGACUCAUCAAUGUGAGGCUUUCCGAAUGCAUGUCGCCUUCACCCACUUCGAUGUCGAUUCAAACUUCGCUUCUUGAUUGGCCAGCUCUCCAAACUCUCGCCAUGAAUGCCACUCUCGCUCGAGACGUCAUCGAUUUGCUGAAUUUUCCACACCCCCACAUCCGGACUGUGUAUCUCACACCAGCUGCCCAACAUCAUCUUACCCAUAACACAGGGAGAAACGGACAUCAUCUUACCCGUAAUACAGGAAGAAAUGAAGGGAACGAUACGUUCUACCUGAAGUUUCCUCUUAUCUCUGCACGCGACAUACGUUGUCCCGAUGUGAAAAAGAGGGACGAAGCGAACAUUGCGGCAGCUUCGUAUAACAAGAGGUUCAACGUAAAGGACUUCGAUCCGAUGAUACAUUCAUGCUUACUCGAAGAUCCUGAAGAACCAGGAUUUUUAAGUGAGAUCAUUUAA